AUGAAGUUAAACGUUGAUAAUAAAGUAGCUGUUGUCACUGGUGGAACUCGUGGAUUAGGGCUCUAUUGCGCUGAAGCCUUGGUUGAAAAUGGAAUCAAAACCAUUUUUAUCACUUCACGUAAAGCCAAAGCUUGUGAAGAUGCAAAAAAACACUUGGAGGAGGUAGCAAAAAAGAAUAGCAGAUCAGUUGAAGUUGUAGCAAUUCCAGCCGAUUUAGCCAUCGAAGAACAAACUGUUAAUUUUUACAAAGAGGUGGCUAAGAGAGUUGACAAGAUUGACAUCUUGGUCGCCAAUGCUGGUGCUUCAUGGGGUGCCCCAUUGGAAGAGCACACUGUUGCCGCCGUGAAGAAGGUCAUCAAUUUGAACUUUGUAGGUGUCUUUCACACUAUCCAAUUGUUUACACCGUUGUUAGAGAAAGCAGCGUCAGUCGAAGACCCAUCAAGAAUCAUCAUCAUGUCAUCUGUGGCAAGUUAUUCCACAAACGAUAUAGUAGGAACUUACGGGUACGUUGGCUCCAAAGCUGCCGUGUCCCAUUUAGGAAGAAACUUGGCGGUUCAAUUCUCGCCAAGACACAUCAAUGUCAAUUCAAUCUUGCCUGGUUGGUUUCCUACAAAAAUGGCCAAUGGAUUGAUUGAAAUGGGUGGUAAAUUGUUGACAGAAACCAAUCCUCGAGGUAGAUUGGGGGAACCAGAGGACUUAAAAACUGUAUUGAUGUUUUUGUGUUCAAAGCAGGCCAAUUAUAUCAAUGGAGUUGACUUACCAGUCGAUGGUGGUGCACAUUUGAAUAGCCCAGCAGCUCACUUUUAA